AUGUGCGACGAUUUCGCAUUGUUCAAAGCCCUCGUGUACGGAGCUCGGGCAUGCAACAAACUCAAUAAAGACCUGAGUAGGAGCCAGCCCAGUCAAGGCACAAGUGAAAUAAAAGUCGGACGACUCUCCAAAAAGAACUCGAAUGAUUGUUCUGCUGAUUGCCCUGCCGAACGAUCCAAACACUGCGCUGCGGUGGAAUUCGAGUGCCGUCACGGGUCACGUGCAGUCAACCUCUCGCCGUUGAACCGCAGAGCCCUCCGUCUUCAGAUCCGAUUCGAGAUUGGCGUUUUACCAACAACAGUCAUUUUCAGCACACAGUACUCAUGGCGGGCAACUCCUCCCACCCUAUCCACAUCCACCCGGUCCGACCGCUCUACCGCUUCACUGCGACUGCAUUGGGCGCUAGCAUGUGGUUCUUCCUCAUGUACCGGGCCAAGAAGGAUGGUGCCGCUCUGUUGGGCUGGAAGCACCCUUGGGACCACUGAUCCGAUUACAAUCGUCGAUUUCGUUUUCUUGCGCAACCGCUUUGUCUCUUAG